UAAUAUGGCUGCCACCAUGGUUUACGCCGGCUCCGCAUAAGUGAGUAGUUUCCACGUAUUUUUUGUGAGUGGACAGUCGUGGCCAUGGUUUCUGGCAAGGAAAUAAGCUGCCCUGUAACCAACUGCACCUCGGGCAGAUAUCGUCAAGGUCCUCCUCAACGAGUAUUCGAACACGUACGAAGUAACCAUCAAUAUGAAGAACUACCGUUGGAUUUUCGUAUGGAACACUCCCUACAGCCCUGCAAAUUCUGCUGCAAGCCGUACGUCACAAAGAAUCCCUCUAACGGCAGCAAUCUUCUGGAUAGACACAUGAAGCGUUGCCCAAUGCGUCAAUCAGAUCUAGACAGUCACACAGCUACGUCUUUCGAGUCUCCCCUGUCGCCAGCUUCAUCAGACACUUCGUCCUGCUGUAAGGACGGUACAUCAUCUGACGCUGUUCAAAAUCCAGUUCAAUCUGCGAUUGAUUGUUCGUCACGUGAUCCAACUGAGCACCCGGAUGGAUGGACCUUCCUAAAAGAGCUUGAAGUUCAUGAAAUAAGCAAUCACAGUGUUUAUUCUGUUCGUCAAAUCAAGCCGUAUUUGAAAGAAUCUUUUGCUCUAUGUUGUGCCUUGCCCUUGAAGCUUCUUGAGGAAGAUCCCCAGAAUGAGUCUGCAUGGAAGCUGCUUCUUUUGAUCCCAAGAUUGCUAUUACAACCAGAGUCACGAGGAGGCCAAUCAGGAAAGAAAGAUAUCGAGAGAAGAUUCAGAUUAUUCAAAGAAGAGAGAUUCGGAGAGCUGUUUCAACUCACAAAGAUUACAAGACACAAACAAAAUCAAGGAAUUUUGGAUCAGGAGACAGCCCAGGAUAUGCCACUCAAUCCUUGCCUUGUUCGUUCUGUUAGAAAUAAGAUCAAGUCGGGCGAAAUCUCAAGAGCGGCAAGUCUAUUAACAAGCUCCGGAGUUGCUGAGGACUCGGAUGACACCCUAAGAAAGCUGGAAGCAAAACACCCAGAGCGUAGGUCCGUCUCAACUAACUUUCAGCCAUACUUUCCACACAGUUUACAACCUUUACAGAUACCAACUGAAACAUUCAUCAAGUCCUUACGAGAUUGCCCCAAUGGGUCCAGCUGUGGGAAUGAUGGGUGGAGGUUUGAGCACUUGAAAGUGUUAUUGGAGUCAGAUCUAACCUGGACUUCUCUCUACAAUAUUUGCAACAUCAUCCUUGGCGGUCAUGUACCUGAUCCGAUAAUGAAGGCAUUAGCAGGAGCUAAAUUGAUUGCUCUCAAGAAAAACGAAGUAGACGUACGUCCUAUUGCAAUUGGCAACUGUAUUCGACGACUGGUGGCCAGAGCAGUGUGCUCUCAUUUGAAGAAGGAGAUGGCAGACUACCUUGCACCUCAUCAAUAUGGAGUGUCAACACCUGGAGGAGCUGAGGUUAUGUCUCACCUGAUUCAAUUGUGCUCACAACAAGAUGAAAACUCUGUCAUUUUGAAAGUUGAUGCAAAGAAUGCUUUCAACACCAUUAGUCGUGACAUCAUUCUGGAAGAGGUGGCAGUCCAUUUUCCACAAAUCUAUCCAUUUGUGGCAAAAUGCUAUGUCAACUCCACCCCACUGGUAGUGUCACUAAACGGCCAAGAUACUACUAUUCAAUCGGUGGAGGGUGUGCAGCAGGGUGACCCCCUUGGACCAUUUCUCUUCAGUCUUGCUCUGCACUCUGUCAUCUCGAAACUCUGCGUCAGGCACCCAACGGUUUUAAUUCCUUGUUACCUUGAUGAUGCCACAAUCAUUGGGCCCAAGCAAGAUGUCAUCUCUGCCUACCUUGAGAUGAAAGACCGACUAGUCAACAUCGGAUUAGAUUUGAGAGAAGAUAAAUGUGAGGCUUACAGUCCUUCAGGAAUAGCUGAUUGGGUUUUGUCCAUACCCAUAAGAGACGAAGGAUUGGAAAUACUGGGCACUCCAAUAGGAUCGGAUUCCUUUGUUAGGGAAAAGUGCAUAGAGACAGUAAAGUGUGAAAGAGACUUUCUAGCAAAGUUGCCUCUCUUGGAUGACAUGCAGUCUGGAUUACUACUUUUACGGUAUUGUGCAGUUCCCAAGAUUACUCAUCUUCUUCGAACUGUUCCACAUUCGUUGAUAGCUGAAGCUGCAGAACUGCAUGAUACCAUGAUAGUCAAGGCUUUCGAGAACAUCAUAGGAUGUGGUGCUCUCAAUGCUCUGGAAUGCUCACAACUUCGACUUGACAUUCAACAAGGAGGUUUUGGUCUUCGGUCUGCAAAGCAUUCUGCGUUUGAGGCUUUUCUUGGAGGUUGGUCCAACACUCUAGGUCAUCUCCCUCAUCGUGAUGGUCGUCUGAGUAGUUUGUGUGAUGGCCUCCUAAGAGAUCACGACAAAGAUCAGCCUCUAGUUCUCAGUGAAUUGACAAGUGCCCUGGCAAAUCUUCACCAGCAGUUCGACGAUACUCGAAAAGUGUUAUCAUGUAUAUCAAAACUUCCAGAUGCUCCAAAGAAACUUCAAGGAAAACUUCACCAAGCCAAGAAAGCUGUUGAGUUCACCCAGGUUUUACAACAAUGCACCAAUAGUUGUGAGCAAGCCCGAAUACAAGGUUGUGGUGGUCCAAAUUCUGGGGCUUGGCUGGAUGCGAUUCCGAGUACGCAUCAUUUUAUUCUCGGCAAUGACAACUUUGUCAACGCUGUUUGUCUGCGACUCGGUAAAGCCAUCCCGUGCUUGCAUUCUUUGGACCAGUGUGUUGCUCAGUGUGGUCAGCCCAUAGACAUUGAAGGAUACCAUGCCAUGACCUGUAAGUGGGGUGGAGGCCCAAUCAAACGACAUGACAGUGUACUCGACUGCUUUUACGACAUGUCCAAAUCUCUUGGAUUCCAUUGUCGCAAAGAGUUGACAGCGCAAUUCGAGAAUAAGCAACGUCCUGACAUCGCCAUAUACAAUUAUAAAGAUGGAAAAAAGCUUCUCUUAGAUGUAACCAUCACCCAUCCCUUGGCGAAGCGGUCAAUCAGUGCCAGUUGUAGCAAACCUGGUUUUGCAGCAGCCGAGAAGGAGAGAGAGAAAGAUAGCAAGUACCUUGUCAAGUCAACAAAUCUUGGGUAUUUGUUUCGUCCCAUUGCCCUAGAGGUAUACGGCCGUUGGGGAAACACAGCGGAGACGACACUAGAAGAACUAUCAAAGAAGUCCCCUCAAUCUACAGGCUUAAAUCCCAGCGAAUUCAAGCUACAUUGGAGAAGGAGAAUAGCGAUCAAUCUUCAAAGGGCCAACUCAUCAAUCAUCCAAAACAAGGUGUCUGCCAUCGUUGGAAAGUGUAUCGGAAAUCCUGAUGCUGCUUUUACGAUGUCAGCAAGAUACUUUGGUGGUGACUUUACGUAGUUAGCUGUGAGUUUGUGUAGGUGUGUUGUAGUGUUUAGUUUGUAUUAGUGAUAGUGAUGUUCAAGUUAUUUGUCUAUUUAGUUAGAUAUACAAGUUUUCUUGCGAGUGACUGUCAGAUAAAGUGUGUUUACCAGUGAAAUUGAAUAAAGUGAGAGAGUGAGUGAGUGAGUGAGU